CGCAGUGCGGCGUGGGGACCUGGCCUGGCCGGGGCUGGGCUGGGAGCGGCGACGGUGACCUAGAGUCGGGGUUCAGCGGAGAUCCCAGCGCACUGGAUCUGGGACGGAACUCGGAGGCGCCCCGGAACCCCGGCCUUGCGGGAAGGCGCAGCUGCUUUGGAAAUGGGCCAACUAAGGCCCAGAGAUUUAACUUUCGAAUGGUCACAAAGUGGCAGAGCCUACUCCUUGAAGGUGCUAGUGUGAGAACAUGGAUUCCAAUGUGUGUUCCUCAGAGCCUCCAGCCAUGGACCUGGAGGACUCAGAGGCCUCUGUUCCCCUCUUUUCUUUUGGUUCCCCAUCCUCAGUUGCUACUCCCUCAGGACCUACUUGCCCUUGGGACCCAGCAGUCCCUGAGGCAGCUCCAGCCAAUGACCUUGAAGGGACAGGGCCCAAGGGUUUGGGGAGUCUGAACCAGAUGGACCUGGAUGAAGACCCUAGUGGACAGGAACUCCAGGAUCUGGUGAAGCAGUUCCAGGCCCUGCCUUCAGACUUGCCAGAAGCACCUUCCCCAGGUGGACACCCCUGUCCCCUCCAUAUCGCCACUGGCCAUGGCUUGGCCACUCCCAAAGCCCCAGAAAAUCAUGGACUUUUGUCAUCGGAAGCCAGGCAUGAAGAUCUGCUGAGUCUCCUGUGCAGUGAGGGAGUAGCACCUCUGACCCACACAGAGCCUCCAGACCCCCAAGGCCCUCAAGAGCCAGUCCCCUGCCUUCUCCAGCCCCCGAAGGACUGUGCUGAGAGAACAGAGGAGGACUGUGUGGAUGAAGAGUGUAGUUCUAGUAGCUCCCCAGAGCCCUGGCUGGGACCUGCUCCUCCUAUGGUCCAUUCUGAGGAGCCGUCAACUGAUGCUGGCACUGCCCGGACCCCGGAAGCCUUAGCAUCCUAUCCUGCCUUCCAAGAAGUGGCAGGGCCCUGUGACCCAGAAGACCUGCUGGAUGGUGUCAUUUUUGGAGCCAAGUAUCUGGGCUCCACCCAGCUUGUUUCAGAGAGGAACCCAUCCCCGAGUGCCCGCAUGGCCCAAGCUCAAGAGGCUGUGGAUCGGAUCAAGGCUCCUGAAGGAGAGACCCAGCCCAUGACUGAGGUCGAUCUCUUCAUCUCCACAAAGAGGAUCAAAGUCUUGACAGCCGACUCCCAGGAGGCUAUGAUGGAUCACUCCCUGCAGACCAUCUCCUACAUUGCCGACAUUGGCAAUGUGGUGGUGCUGAUGGCCCGAAGGCGUCUGACACGGCAGCCUGGCUCACAGGAUCGGCGUCUCUACAAGAUGAUCUGCCAUGUCUUCCACUCAGCAGAUGCCCAGCUGAUUGCCCAGGCAAUUGGACAGGCCUUUGGUGUGGCCUACGGUCAGUUCCUUCGGGCUAGUGGCAUUGAUCCUAGCCAGCUGAGUGCCCAAGAAGACUGUGGGAGGCCGAGCGAGGGGGACCUGCACAACGGGGACCUGGCCCACUUCUCAAAUCAGGAGAACUGCAGGGAUGUAUGUAUUGAGAAACAGCGGGGAGAAUGUCUGGGUGUGGCCCUGGUAGAGUCUGGCUGGGGUUCCUUGCUGCCCACGGCCGUCAUCGCCAACCUGCUGCACGGCGGUCCAGCGGAGCGCUCUGGGCUGUUGAGCAUUGGGGACCGGCUCACUGCAGUCAAUGGCACCAGCCUGGUGGGGCUGCCCUUGGCCUCAUGCCAGGCCAUAGUCCGAGAACUAAAGUCUCAGACUUCAGUAACUCUGAGUAUCGUGCACUGUCCGCCUGUCACGACGGCCAUCAUCCGCCGACCUCAUGCCCGAGAGCAGCUGGGCUUCUGUGUGGAGAAUGGCAUUAUCUGCAGCUUGAUGCGUGGAGGCAUCGCGGAGCGUGGGGGAGUGCGAGUUGGACACCGCAUCAUUGAGAUCAAUGGGCAGAGUGUGGUGGCCACACCCCAUGACAGGAUUAUCCAGCUGCUUACAGAGGCCCACAGUGAGGUGCAUAUUAAGAUGAUGCCAGCCUCCACCUACCGCCUCCUCACCGGCCAGGAGCAGCCCAUCUAUCUGUGACCUGGGAGGGGGGCCCAGCAUGGCCCCCCAGAAUGAUUACCCCCUGCAUCUGUACUCUCAGACUCAGGGGAAGAAAGGAUUCCCAAGCCCUGCCUCUAUUGGGAAUCUUCACGACAGACUUCUCCUUUCCUGGGCUUUGCCCGCUGUGCCAAGGCCAGUGUCUGUGCCUUAUGCUCGUGUGCUACCUUGGGCCUCACAUUGUCAGGACUGGAGCUGCUACAAUCCUGGGCACCAGGGACCUCUCCUCUACCUGGCCUGGGCUCAGUUUGCCUACCUCCUUCUACCCACCCACCAAAGAGAUACGCCCUUUUUCUGAAGGGGGUGGGAGGAGGAGCCACAGAAACACCCAUUUUUUUUUUUAAACCUGUCAUUUUAGCUGGUAAGCAUUAAAUUAUGUAAUAAAAAGAGACCGAAUGCAUGCAAUAGUGGACAACGCAUUGGGUUUGGAGUGGGACCAUGAGUUGCAUCUCAUGUUGGGGCUGGUGGGAUGGAAUGCCCAGAGAACCUUUAAUCUCUUCAUCUAAUCCUGGCCUCACCAGAUUUGGCACAAGGAGGGGCCAGUCCCUAGAUCCUACCAAAAGAUGAGCAUAGGGGUUAUGCUUUUAUAAGCUUAGAGGGAAAUUAAGAGCCUUCAUUUUGCAGAUGUGGGAACUGAGGACUAGAAAUUUUCAAUAAUGUCUCAAGAUGAUCAUACACAGUAUAUAUACAUAUAUUGGGCCUUUGACCCCUACCUUGAAGAGGCUGUAAUCAUACAGAUCAUUCUGGGAUACCCUCUCCCCCCACUCUUGUAUACUUUGACAGUCCGGUGAAGUAGAUGAACAAAAUAAAAGACAGGAUUACAAAGGAAA